AUGGCUACUGCAAUCCCCUCCAUAGCCUGCAUAGGCAUUAUCGGCCGCAACAAUAACCCUCUACAUAUCUCGAUCUUCCCCUCCCACAACCCCUCAACAAACACCUUCGCCCCGAUCCGUACUCCCCUCCAGUUCUCCCUCCUGCUGUCCUCAACCCUUGACGUCUUUGAACUGCGCCACAACAGCAGCAACGCCAACGCUGCCGGCGCUGUUACAGGAAGCGGCUCCGGUCUGUCAGGCGAGAUUGGCCUCCUUCAUGCCGUGGACGAACGGCUCGCUGCAUACGGCUGGGAGACGAACACCGGCGUGAAGAUCGUCGUGGUGGUCGACAUGCGUGGGCGAAGUGUCGGCGGCGGCGGUGGUAAUGACGUCGCUGGCAAUGCUGCUGCGAAGGGGCGGGGGGCCGUUGGGCUCCGGGAGCAGGAGCUGCGCGUUGUGUUUAGGGCGGUGCAGAGCGCGUAUGUAAGACUGCUGCAGAAUCCGUUCUACGAGCCUGACGACCAUUCGCCGAUUUCUGGGCGCGGAGGCAGGGCGAUCAAGAGCAAGAAGUUCGAGGGUGAUGUCAGGAGGAUCGGGGAGGCGUGGACCCCUGGUGUCACGAGCCUGUGA